GCCAGCUCGAGCAGCAAGAAAAACACACGAGAGGAAUCUUGCGCGUGCAGAGCCACGUGCCCUGUUCUGUAUCUCCAGCAAUUAGCAGGGGGCAGAGAGUCAACAAAAGGUCCUAUUGUGCAUCUCUCUAAUGUGCUCAAUGUUUCGUCUUCAAGGACGAAAUACAGCUCACUGUGGACUGCGGGUUUUCUCAAAGGACAGCAGUGUUCCUAGAGUUAGCUCUCCUCGCCAUUCAUCAGGAUGAGCCCAGGAGGAAAAGCCCGGUGCCCGGGGCUCCUCGUUGCAUAACUCAGUUUCAUGGAGCAAACACAGAGACUCCUGAGCCAGCUCCCUCCCAUCCCCACUUCGCAGGCCAAGAAGAAAAGGAUGCCAGUGAAAUCUUUCUUUUCCAAGGUCUCUUGGAAACUGAGGUUGCAGAAGCGGGAGCCUUUGAAGAAUGCGUUUUUCAUCUUGGCAGAAAAAGCCCGGGAUCCUAAUGCUAAAAAGCGCCAUCUGGCAAUGAGAUGCCUGGGCACCAUGGCCCGUGAAGCCCCUGACAAGCAGGUGAGAAAGUACAAGAAAGUUUUCCUUGACCUCCUGGUGCAUGGACUGUAUGAUCCUGUGAGUUCUGAAGUUAUCCAUGAGAGUGUGAAGACUCUGACCAUCAUGCUGGGCAAGAUCCAAGGCCAAGGCCUGGGCUCCUUCUUCAUAGACAUCACCCUUCAGACCAGGACUUUAUUGGAUGAUGAGAAUGACAGUGUGCGGUACUUGGCCUUUGUUCUGUUUGGGCAACUGGCUGCAUUUGCUGGGAGGAAAUGGAAGAAAUUUUUCACCCACCAGGUUAACCAGACACAAGAUUCCCUCCUGACCCAUUUACAGGACAAAAGCCCUCAGGUUGCCAAGGCUUGCAAAACGACCGUUCGAGCCUGUGUUCCGUACCUGAAACUCAGGAAGGAGCAGGGUUUUCAAAGUGAAGAAGAUCAGAGGAACCCCAGGCUUUCCCGGCAGCUGAGCCAUUAUCAUCCUGAGGUCCUGCUCUUCUUCUAUGCCAACAAGAUCCUAUAAGUCCAGAGCGGCAGAGAAAACGGCCCCAUGUGAGCACCCUGCUCCGGGCAUCCUGUUCCCUCUGCUCCCUCUCAUUUGACUUUCCUCAUGUGAAUGUAGCAGAAAAGAGGAUGCCAGAGAACAACUGGGGGGCAGGGGGGAUCACCCUGGAAGAGUAUCUCUGCACCCAAAGUAAAAUGCGACAUUACUUUCAUGGAUCUCAUUUCUUCUCUAUAUAAACAAAUUUGUUGAGAGGUACAUACUUCCUUUUCUAAAUUGUGUGCGUGCACAUAUAUGCACAUGAUUGUGGAAGUCAGAGGACAACCUCAAAUACUGUUCCUCAGGCAUCAUCCACCUUUCCAUUGAAACAGGGUCCUUUAACUUGCUGGGGCUUGUAGAUUAGGCUAGGCUUGAUGGCUGGUGAGCCCCUCGGGAUCUGUCUCCUCCACUGGGAUUAUAACUAUACUCCCGUGAACCCAGCUUUU